UGACGACGUGUCACCAAUCGGAACAAGUUACAUGGAGGGAGGAGAGAGAGAGAGAGAGACACUCUAAGCUGUAUGUAUAACGACCCUCAUUGCCAUUCUUGCAAUACACCCCGAAUUUCAGAUUCUUUGUUCGAUUCUCAAUCCAAAAUCUGGAUUUUGGUCUAGAAAUCACUAGCAUGUACGACCGUUUUUUCGUUUCUGAAUCCAAUCGCUCCAUUCUUUGUGGUCACCAUUUGAAGCUCAACGACCUCCGAAUUUCCUCCCACAAUGGCUCCGUUUCGGUAAAUCUCCCAAUGUAGGUAAUCAAAACCAGAAUUAUCGUGGUUCGCAUAUUCAUAUUUGGAAUUACAAUCGGUUCUUGAAGCUUAUGUGUCCGAAAUUGAAGAGAUUUUUUGUGGUUUUCAGAUUGGCAUAUGAAUGUCUAGGGUUCGUGUGAAUCUGAAGAGGAGUGGUUUCGAGCUGUUUCAGAGCUCCACAUUGGUUCUCGGAGUGUAGGAUUUCGUGGGAUUUUUGAAUUUUAGGGAUUUCUAUGUGUAUGUGGAGUUGAUGAGCUGGUAAUUUGAUUUUGUUUUUGGUAAUAAUAAUGGGAUAGAUAAGGAAAAGAUUGCUCAAGUUCAGAAGCCCGCGCCGUGGGUGGAGUUCUGGAGUGAUUUGUUUAUGGGGCAGUACAUUGUUUUGUUCAAAUGGGUUUUGGUUCUACAUCUGGGCUUCACAUGAUAUUGCAACUUGAAUGGCUGAUUCUCAGAGGGGUGGUCUGGCUGAAAGAGACGUCGACCAGGCCAUUAUAAUGCUUAAGAAAGGGGCAUAUUUGCUUAAGUAUGGGCGAAGAGGGAAGCCGAAGUUUUGCCCAUUUCGACUUUCUUCUGAUGAGUCUGCAUUGCUAUGGCACUUUGGCAAAAAAGAAAAACAGAUUGAACUACGUCACGUUACAAGGAUAAUUCCCGGGCAGCGUACUGCAAUAUUCCAGCGUUAUCCCCGGCCUGAGAAGGAAUAUCAAUCAUUCUCCCUCCUAUACAAUGACAGGUCCUUGGAUCUGAUAUGUAAGGAUAAGGAUGAAGCUGAGGUUUGGCUUGUUGGUCUAAAGGCAUUGAUUUCACGUGGUAGCCACAGCAACUUGAGAACUGAAGCAAGUAAAGAGACUAUAGUACCUUACAAUCGACUUGUUCGGAGAAAUUCUGUUUUAUUUUCCGAUCAAGGAGAUGCUCAACUAGUUGAGGGUCUUCCCGGAAAUAGUUUGGGAAAAGCAUUCUCUGAAUUAAUUUCAUAUACUGCAGCAGCCAAAAAUCUUGCUCAAUCUGAACCAGUUACCAAUUCUCUUACCUCAUUGUCAUCUGCAGCCGUAGAUAAUUCAAAUGGUCGAAGUUCGGCAGCUGAAACUUUUCGAGUUAGUUUUUCUAGUAUUGUAAGUUCAUCAAGCCAUGGUUCUGGUCAUGAAGAUUUUGAUGUCUUAGGUGAUGUUUUAAUUUGGGGAGAAGGCAUUGGUGAUGGGGUGUUGGGUGGCGGUGUGCAUAGGUGUGGUGGUUCAUCUAGUACCAAGAUGAAUGCUCAUUUGCCUAAAGCAUUGGUGUCAACAGUGGUACUUGAUAUUCAUAAUGUUGCUUGUGGUGGUAGGCAUGCUGUUUUAGUCACGAAACAAGGGGAGAUAUUUAGUUGGGGGGAGGGGGAGGGGGGCAGGCUUGGCCAUGGAGUAGAAGAGGAUGUUUCACACCCAAAGCUCAUUGAUGCUCUUAGCAGCAUGAACAUUGUGCUAGUGGCAUGUGGCGAGAAUCACACCUGUGCUGUUACAUUUUCCGGGGAUCUUUAUACAUGGGGUGAUGGUAGUCACAAUUCUGGUUUGCUUGGGCAUGGAAGUAACGUCAGUCACUGGAUUCCUAAAAAAUUGAGUGUUUUCAUGGAGGGUAUACAAGUGUCGUUUAUCUCUUGUGGACCUUGGCAUACAGCUCUUGUAACAUCUGCAGGCCAGUUGUUCACAUUUGGAGAUGGAACUUUUGGUGCCUUAGGCCAUGGAGACCGUGGUUGCACUUGUGUUCCAACAGAAGUGGAAUCUUUGAAAGGAUUGCGGACGUUGAGGGUUGCUUGUGGAGUCUGGCAUACUGCUGCAGUUGUUGAAGUAGAGACUGAAACUUCUAGUUCUGGACCUUUUGAGAGCUCUUCAUCUGGAAUGCUAUUUACCUGGGGGGAUGGGGAUAAAGGCAGACUUGGACAUGGUGAUAAAGAACCCAGGCUAGUUCCUGUGCUUGUAGCUGCGUUGGUUGAUGUAAGCUUCUGUCAGGUAGCCUGUGGGCAUAACCUAACAAUUGCUCUAACAACCACAGGACGAGUCUAUACAAUGGGGAGCACAGAUUAUGGACAGUUAGGGAACCCUUUAGCUGAUGGAAAGAUUCCCACUUGCGUUGAAGGUAAAAUUGCUGACAGCUUUGUAGAAGAAAUUGCCUGUGGUUCCUAUCAUGUUGCAGUUUUGACUUCUAAAACAGAGGUUUACACUUGGGGGAAAGGUGCAAAUGGGCAAUUAGGCCAUGGAGACAGUGAUAAUCGAAAUACACCUACACUUGUUGAUUUUUUCAAAGAUAAGCAAGUAAAGCGUGUAGUCUGUGGUGUAAAUUUUACUGCUGUUACAUGUCUUUAUAGAUUGGGUUCCAAUGCUGACACUUCUGUGUGUUCUGGUUGUCGUAAUCCAUUUAAUUUCAGAAGAAAGCGACAUAAUUGUUACAACUGUGGCCUUGCCUUCUGCAAAGCAUGCAGUAUUAGGAAAGCACUGAGAGCCUCUUUGGCUCCAAGUAUGAACAAACCAUAUCGUGUCUGUGAUGAUUGUUUCAUCAAGCUAAAGAAUAUUGCAGAAUCUGGAUCUGUUACUUGGAUGCCCAAAACCAAAAGUGAAAGUUCAAUUAGUAAGGCCAAUGAGAUGUCAGAAGAAGAUAUUUGGGGUUCUCGAUUACAAGGACAAUUUAUCAGACUCUCGUCUUUUGACUCAGUCAAUCAAGCCGAAGGCAGAAAUUCAAAUGAUACCCAUGUAUUCCCUCUUGUGGCUGGAAAUACACAGUGGGGAAUCAUUUUUCCUUCUAAAUCAUCAAAUGCUCUACUUGAAGCUUCAAAGAAUGUUUUUUCAGCUUAUGUUCCUAGUUUUAGAAUGGCUUCUCAGGCAACAUCUCCUGUUUCAACAACACCAACCUCAUCACGGUCUCUUUAUACAUCUGAAGUGAUUCUUGGUGAUUCAAAGCAUAAAAAUGAUAGUCCAAGCCAAGAGGUCAUAAAUUUGAGGGCACAGGUUGAAGAUCUUACUAGAAAAUCCCAACUUCUUGAAGCUGAAAUAGAGAGAUCAGCAAGAGAAUUGAAGGAAGCAACUGAAUCAGCAGCAAACGAAGCUGAAAAGUGCAAAGCUGCAAAGGAAGUCAUUAAGUCUCUAACUGCACAGGUAGAUGUUUCAAUGCUCAAGAAAUUCUGUAUUCAUGUUGUUUUAUUGAGAACAUCUAUGUUCAAUAAAAUCUAUUUUGUCCAUUCAAAAUAGAUUUUCGUAUUCUUUUCCAAAUUUAAUAUUGUUAUAAGUGUGGUGUAACCUAGCUCCCACUUGGAAUUAUUGUCCACUAUGGUCCAACCCAAGAGCUAGCCGCGUGGGUUUGUCCCUUUGUGCUCCAACCCAAAAGGCGCUUCCGCAAUGGAGGUGUCCUGCACUAUCUUACGAGUCUGUCCUGGACAUUGUCUUGCAACCAAUGUGGGGUGCCAACAUCUCCGCCUCGUCACAUGCACGACCCUAGCUCUAAUACCAUGUUAGAUGUGUGGCCUAGCUCCACCUGGAAGUGUUGUCUGCUCGGCCCAGCUCAAUAGCUGUCCUCACGGGUUUGUCCCUCUGGAUUCCAACUCAAAAGGUGCCUCCACAAUGGAGGCGUUCCUGUGCCACAUUAUAAGUUCAUUCUGGACCUAGUCCGCAGCUGAUGUGGGAUGCCAACAUAUAUCAAUUAUAAUACUCUAUACUCUAUAUUCUGUAUUUGCAUGUGUGUAGUGUAAGAAAGGUCAUUCUUUCGCAAGUCAUUAGCUUCUGGCACUGCACUUUACUAAUUUCAAACUCCACUGAUGUAUGCCCUGCCAAGCUUGUACAUGCCAAAUAUCACAUUAUUGGGUAACUAUAGCGAUCAAUGCCCCAAACCCAAUUUUCAUUUUUUAAAAAAUGAUCAAAUUGAACUAGUCUUCUAUUUUUUUAUCAAUUUAACAUUCAGCAUUCAUUUAGCACAUAGGAGGCACACUUGCAUUUGCAAGUCUUGCAAAUUUAUUAUGAACACAUUGCCAUAUUUUUCUGUGGGCACUUUCUGAACUUCAUCAUAUUUCUUGCCAUAUUGACUAUAUCUUUAUCAUAUCAUUAUAGGACUUUCUGCUUGACCAUAUUGGCAGGUUGUGUUUUAAGGGUUCUUGCCUGCAUAAAUUACAAACCAACAAGUGGAAUGAAAGUAACAACUGAAUAAUGAUAUUAUAAUAUAUGAUUACUUAGAGACAAUCUGUUUAUACCUUCACAGGAACAGUAAUUUACUAUGUUGGAGCAAGAAUUCCUUGAAAUCCCACCCUUGAUUUCCACAUGCUAGAUGAUGGCCAAGUCACAUUUCACGUUGUCUUUAACUUUAUAUGCUGCUGGUUCAGAUUUUGUAUAUGCUUUGUUAUGUUAUAGUGGCCAAGUGUUUUUUAAAUUCAUGAUUUACAUGACAUGGGCUGUAAUGGUGCCUUGUGCAUUAUAAGUUCAACUUAUCCAUGGUAAGCAGUGUCAUGAUAGAAAAUUCUAAGAUGAAUGGUAUUACAUAUAUCCUGUUGAUAAAAGCCUAAUGUGACAGCAAACGAGAAAAUCUUGCAGAUUAUGCAUUGACAAGUUAAAGAGAAAAAAAAAACAAGGAUUACGUGGAAUGUAUAUCCAUUGCUCAAAUUCUCCAAUUUUUUCUUAACUAAUUUGUUUAGGUAUCUUUAUUGUGGAGUUGGGUGCUGUGUUGGUUCCUAUUUUGUUGUUUGUUCUAAUACUAUGGAUUGUCCAUU